UGGUAUUGCAACGUGAAAGUUCAAUUAUGCAAAGGUCCAAAAAAAGCAUGAUAAAAAUGCUUUUUUAGAUGAUAUAACUUUUAUCAUUGGAAAAAAAUUUUAUGCUUGUUUUUGACCAGGGUUUUGGUUCUUAAUGAUUCCUACCUCUCUUAUUGGUUCUCUCCUUCUUCCUGUGAAAGGCAGACGUUGAGGUCUUGUAUUUGUCUGCCUUCCACCGAUUUCUCUUGUUUUUCUUGGUUUCCAUUUUCGGAAAUGAAUUAUCUUUAUUAACACGACUCAUAAUUCUUCUUGUUAUACUUUUCUCUAUGUUUCGUACACUCAGAGCAUCCCAGCGUCGGUCGCUGGUAAACCUGCUAUUUGGAACCACUGCACUCUUUGCUACAGCAACUGUUGUACUUCCUUCUUUGCUUCCUUGUCCAGCUAUGCAGAAUCCUUAUCUAGGUUCUCAACCUGACACUCAAGAGGAAAAUACCAAAUCUGAAUGGACCUCUUCCAUCGUGGUUAUUGACGACAAACAAUCGCAGAAAGGUCGAAAUGCGACCUAAUCGUUUGCAUUCCAUUGUUUAUCAUUUUGGAAGUUCUUUAAACCUCACAUAUGCCAAUACCUAUUCCUUUUUGUCUCCUAUCAUUAAAGUAUUCACCCCUCCCUUUUCACAGCAUACAGUCUUCCAACUAAUCUGUUUCUUUUUUUAUUUUUUAAUUUUUUUAAAAGACUAUUUUGCGCUGCUAAAUCUCAUAGCUAUGUUGAAUCUAUAUUGAGCAACGGCAAGUUUCUUUAUUCUUCGACAAUUGAUACGUCCGUCCUUCUCUCGCCCUUUUAGCGGUUUUUAAUUUAAUAUUGCAGCUUUUCGGAUGGUUACAAUAAAAAAAUUGAAAAGUUUGGAAUCCUCAGAUCUGAAUAUCUAUGCGCGUUUGGGCUGUGCUAGGUUCUGAAAAACUUACAAGCAAUGGCAAGAGAAUAUUACGGUCGUACUGCUAGGAAACAUUUUAAGUUACUUUCAAUGUAUUAUGUAAAUUAUAGAAAUCAACCAAUGGUGUUCGUGUCGAUUGGUUUUUAAGAGAUUAUGAUUGUAAAACGCUUGUGCCAAGCAACGAUGGAGCUGGUUUCUUCAAAUUUCCCUUAAAUAGGUCUUGUAUUGCCUUAUUAUGAUUACAUUCUUUCUUGGUAUAGUAAGACGUGUGUUUAUCCCCUCCUUUUAUUUUUGGUGAACACGUCUUUCAGACUUCAAUAACCUCGCUCUCGGUAGCAUCAAGUUCAAGAUGCGAAAGCAUAUAUGGAAAGUCAAAUUCAAAUGAAUUUUUUACUACACAAUACUGCGCCUUGCGAAAGGGAAGUUCGUAGAGACCUUCUUAUGUGUCCUGCACUUUGAAUGAGAUUAGUCAAAAAUAGUGUACAAUGAAAUUGCUA